CGUCGUGUCUGUUGCAAAGUUUCUUCGUCUUUUUUUAAAGGGAACUUUAAAAAAAAAACUGGGCGAAAACAACCAAUGUUUCGACUAAUUAUCGCACUGGAGGAAACACUUUCUAAUCUCUAGAUGGCGACGUCUUUAGCACAGCAGCUGAAGCGUCUUGCGCUUCCAGAGGCUCAGGCCGCUGCCGGAGUUCAAACCAAACAACGAAAGUCGCUGCUUUUUGACCCCAAGGAGGCUGCAGCUUUAGAUCGUGAGACGUUCUACGCUGUUGGUAUAAAUGGAUUGCAAGAGCUGGAAAACAUUGAUCCAACUUUCCAAGAGUUUGAGAACACCCUCUUCGAUGAAACGUCUAAAGCAAUGGAGCGUUCCGUGCAGACUAAAGAAGUCAACGAUCGUCUUGAUCGUAAGAUCGGGAAGUUCUUGCUUCGGCUCUCACCAUAUUUCCUCCUGAAGCCGGCACAGAAAGCCCUUGAGUGGCUCAUAUAUAGAUUCAACAUCCACCAGUACAACAUUGACGAUUUACUGAGGUGUGUCAUUCCGUACCAUGACACCAAUAUCUUCGUCCGCGUUGUGCAGCUUUUGGAUCUCAGCAACAAAACCAACAAGUGGCACUGGCUGCAGUCUCUCCAGACUCCCGGCGUCCCUCUCGCUAAGUCAAUUCUUAUCACCCAGUGCUACAAGGACCCUGGCUUUCUGCAGUUUGUGUGUAACCUGGUCCCAUCAGCGAUCAAGGCCCACAAAAAAGCCUCCUCUCAUGCUAGCGAUCGUGGUGAUGCGUAUUCAACAGACAGCGAAGCGCCCUCGACAAAGUCGGAAGAUGCCCUCCUGCGAGUCGUUACCUGUUUUUACUGCUCGGCCAUUGUCGGGAUGAUCGAGGUUGCCAAACCCGUAACGGAGAAGCUGCUGUCCGACACUCUUCCGUUUGUUUUGAAGGGUCUGAAAUCAAGAUUUGUUGAUUACCAAGCUGCCAGCUACAUGAUCGUCUGCCAGCUGGCCAUCAAGAUCAAGAUGAAACUGGACCUCGUUGACCCCAUCAUAAGAUGCAUCUGCAGGAAUUUGAGUCACCCCCUGGCUGUGGAGGGACUCUCUUGUGUAGCUAUCCUGUGCCACACGCAACCAGUUACGGAAUUUCCUGAAGUUGCCUUCCAGAAGCUGUGCACAUUUAGUAGUACAAUCAGUGCAAUGGAGGUGCUGUCUCAGGCACCGAACGCAACCCCUCUGUUGAGGCUGUUCCUCACACGCCUCCUCCAUGCAGCGGUGCACAGUGUAGUGGUCGGGGACCAGACCGAAGGCCAGGAGGGGGAAGGAGAGAUGUACUGGACUGUUCUGGAGGGAUUGCUGCAGCGGGUCAAACUUGAUGUGGCGCUGACCAAUGAAGUCGCUAAAGUGCUUCUGCAAGAGUACGUCGGGGUCAGGAAAGAGCUGUGGAAGAAGACGGAACUGGUACAAAACUUGAAGCAGAAAGCAUCACCGAUUGUUUCUGCCCUAGAGAAAAGGUAUCCUGAAGCAAUGGAUCUUGCUAUUGGAUCGUUCAUGUCGCAAGAUAUCAGCAAAAAGGAGCAGAAGCUGAUGCAAGAACUCAUCUCCAUGUCUGCCUCGGCCGCCAAACACAAGGUCAUCUCAGGAACGUCAACAACCCUGAUCCUAAGCCUGAACCACGCCAGCCCCGACGUUAGGGUGCUCGGCAUUCAGCAUCUCAAGGAGCGCGUGGAAGCGGGUGACGUCUUGGAGGAGUUCUGUAUCGAGUCGUUGAUGCAGCGUCUCCAUGACGACAAGAUUGGCGUCAUAAAUCAGACACUUGGAAUAGGCGAGCCGCUGUGCAAGAUUCUUCCACAAGAGAAACUGUUUGAUCGCCUCAAGGAGAUUCUACUGAAGAGGAAGAUGAAGUCGCAGAGAGGGAUAAAAAAUGUUCAGCUGUCUCUAAAACUGAUGACCAACGGAGUCUCAUGGGAUGAACAUCGCAAUCUUCUGAUACCCCUCGUUGUGCCUUACAUGUUCUCCCGUGGGGAAGAGAUGGCUGAUGCGGACAGCAAAAUCAUGGACGUUAUCAAGGACUCUACGCUGUCGAAAGAUUAUCCCAUCUUCAGGAACAUUGGACAAACGUUUAAGUUAAAUGAGGAACCCUCAAAGCUUCCAGGCGCUCUAAUUGAAACGAUGGCAUCCAACUUGGUCAAAAUGGAACAGAAGGAGCGCAUGAAAUUGAUUGAGGUCCUGGUAGCCCAUGUCCAGCAGCCAAGCCCCUCCCAGCAAGCCUACAGCUUUAUCUUGGACGUCUUGCUGCUAAGGACCGCUCACCAUCUGCAAGACCAAGCCGAGAAGAUAGAAGUCGCUCUGACUCUUCUAAAAGUCUUGGAGAAAGACGUUGGGAAGAUGCUGACGCCUGGUUUCUCCAUCGUGGAGCCGAAGAUACCCCUUCCUGAAAUGAGUGACCUGCCUGACGGGCUCGACGUUCAUCUCGUCAGUCUGCUGACGCAGAGGCUCAAGCCCAGACAAGAUGGCGACGCGCCCACAAUGCAUCAGUCGCAUCUGACGAUGACACUCUGGUGUCUUGGUAACCUGGUUGUGGACGUCCGGAUGCCGCAGUGCUUGAAAACCGAGACAAAGCUUUGGUCAGCCUCUCGACCCAAGUUUGACCCAACCAGCCAGUAUUUGGCCUGGCUCUUGCGUCUGCUUGACGUGUUGACUGAGGCUGCGGUGGCCAAAGAGAAAAAGUUCAAACAAGUCCAGGAGUUCAAGGGAAUUCUGUCAAAGGUCAUAGAGGAGCAUCUGAACACCCCUGAUAUCCUGUGGAAUUUCCUGUCCUUGGUGUGGAGUUCUUGUAGCCAGACUCCCAGUGAGCAACUCUUCCCCGUGUCAGCGUUCUACCAAGCACGAUGCCUCCACAUUGCUCUCACCAGCGCCAAGGAACAAUCCAUGACCUCUGAUGUUGCUGAGAGACUUCUGGGUCAAAACUCAGAGGUGCUCCCCACUUUGCUAGUGGUCUUGUCCAGCGAGGUUCAGCCAAUCAGAGCGGCUUCUGCGCGCUGUCUGCAGGCAUUAGCAACGAGCUUCAAGGACGAACCGUACAUGCCUUAUAUCUGGCUCGGCCAGUAUCUGGCGGAGAGGACGGACGAGCUAAGCGCUGACCCAACUUAUAUAAAACAGGCAUUGAAACUGUACUUUGCGCACAUUGAUGCGGGGACUACUGCUGAAGAAACGCAAAAGACUCCUUCCACGCCCAAGAAGAAGAAGAAAGCAGCAAAGCCUCCAGCGGACUCCACCCAUCCUAAGCCAGAAUGUCUGAGAUGGUUGUUGGAGUUUGUGAACAGUGGCAACACCCCGAGAUUCCUUCAGCGUGCUCUUCUGGAGAUCAUGUCUGAAGUCAAGAACAAGAUUGUCCUGUCAUCACUACUGGGCAUGCUCAAUGACCUCCUGGGGAGGUCACAAGGUCAACUAAGUAACGAUGAGGUCAUCAUUGUAGAAUUUAUCAUCCAGCAGUUCACCCCGGCAACGGCGGCUAUCUUGAGUGACUAUUUCGAAGCGUUGUCCUGUGCAUUGAGCAUGGAGAAAAACAUGCAGACGGGGAAGAAGUCUCCACAGAAAAUGGUCUUAAAACAGAUUACGCCUUUAUUCUUCCAAGAGAUUCCAACGCCCGAUCUGAAGCAGACGCUGUUCUCCAAGUUGAUUGAUCAGCAAGUUGAAACUAAAGAAGCUGCCGUCGCAGCAAGCUUUGGGCGCACCCUAAGAAAAUUGCCUCUUGAAGCAGAGCAGAUUGUGCUGGAGUUGGACAAGUUGCAAAUUGUUGGUAAAGCCAAGAACCUCCGGCAAGCCAAGAAAGCACGGAUGACUAAAGAGCCAUCGAUGGACGAUGAGAAGUCCUCGGAUGCUGAGACACGCCGAUGGCAACGAGUCACUCACAUCGUUGAGCUGCUUCAGCAGAAGAAGCUCAAGAAGAUUAAGGGCGUGGCUCAGCUUGUCCCAGCGCUCUUCACUCUUCUCUCACGGUGCCUGGAGCUUGACCAAACUGCCCAAGAGAACUCCAUGGAGUACCUGAAGCAGUUAAUCCUGACCACUCUGCUCAACAUCUGCAACCAACUCACCCCGGACAGCAAGACCACCGCCGCUGCCGAAAGCGCACUGAGUCAGGCGCAGUUUAGCGUAGAGGUGGUCGUUCAGUGUAUCAGGACGACGGAUAACCCACAGACGCAUCGCCAUGCGUUGAUGCUGCUGGCUGCUGCAGCCGGUUUAUUCCCAGAACAUGUAUUGCAUAACAUCAUGGCCAUCUUCACCUUCAUGGGCGCCAACAUGCUGCACCAAGACGAUAGUUACAGCUUCCAGGUCAUUAUGCGGACCGUCGAGACCGUCAUUCCAGCCCUUAUCAAGGCCAGCGAACAACAAACAGUCACCACUGACCUCAAAGGUGGUGUUGAAGAGGUCGUUGUCAUGGUGAUGCGAGUCUUUGUGGAUGCCUACCCGCACAUCCCGGAGCACCGGCGUCUGCCGCUGUUCGGUCAGCUUAUGAAGACAGUUGGUGAGGAGAAGUAUUUAUCUAAGAUGCUGGCCCUGCUGAUCGGCGGUUAUGUCACUAAAGGUGCCGCAGCGAUGCACCCGGGAGACGAAGUUGAUGUUAAGGGACCAGGCCGCAGUAUCGACUUUUGGCUGUCUCUAAGCCAGGAGUUUUCCCCCCAUGUUCAGAUUACCAGUUUGACAAGAUUAUUGGAGUAUGUCUCAACGCUCACCGAAGACAAGAAGCUAGGUCAAAAAUCUACUACAAUGGCCACUAGACGUGCCGGCACCAAACCAAAGCAGCCCAAGGAACAGACCAAUCAGGAGCCAACGUUCGAUGCGGAUCCUCACAUUCGAGCCCGUCAGAUGAGGCAGUUCCGUUUCACCGCUGUCUGUUUUAUGCCUCACGUGGUCUCCAGUAGCGACUUCAUCCAAAAGGUUGCGAACGUUUCCCAAAAUGACUCGGACAAAUUGAAGAAACUGCUGCAAAGAUUAUUAGAGGUUUUGUUAGGGUACAUCACCCAAGUAGCGCAGAGCGUUCAUAAGAACGCUGGCAAAGACACGGCGAAAUUCUGGAGGGCGUUGUUGCAUCGCUCUUACGACGCACUGGAUAAGGUUAACGCAUUAUUGCCGGCGAAGAUUUUCAUUGACGUCAUCGCCCAUCUCCUUAGCAACAAGCUCCCAACGAUAAGACGUAAAGCCUUGGAACUACUGAACAACAAACUCCUUCAUUCUAAAGACUACUUUAAUGAGAAACAGAAUGAUGGACUACUGGGACUUAUCAGUGGGCUGUUGACUAUCGCCACGGCAACCAAAGAGCAACCCACAGAUGCCGACGAGGUGGACGCGAAUCGACACACCGCCCUCUACAGUCUGAAACUUCUAAGCGCGCUUCUCGGAGAAGGACGCCCGGUGGAGUUUGGGCCGGUGCUGGAAGCAUCGGUCACGAUAUGCCACGAGGAACGGGUGAAUGCGCAGGUGCAGGGAAGUGCUAUGCUCUGUCUAGCGGAGUGUGUCCGUAACUUGAGGGCGCACUCCAUACAGUGUCUCCCGCGAUUUAUGCCCCGGCUUUUGGACGUGCUGGCAAGCAAGGAAAAUAUAGUCAGCUCUGACCUGCACCUCAUGAGUGCAGUGACUGCAGUACAGAAGGUCAUUGAGACCCUUCCACACUUCCAGAGCCCCUACCUUGUGGAUCUUCUCUUACAGAUCUGCCGGUUGUCGAGUAACACUGAAGAGGAGAAGUCCCAACUGAACCUUAGACUGAAGGCACUGAGCCACAACCUCUCCAGCACUGUGUCCGUCAGGGUGCUCCUACCAACGUUCAGCUUGGCAUAUGAGAGGAUGGUGGAUACUAACCCAGCAAGCAUUGGUCCCCUGAUGGAGUUUGUGUCGGACCACCUGGGAGCAUUGGAUAAGACUGACAUGACGGCUUACCAGCAGCACGCCAUCACCUUCUUCCUUGUUGCGCUAGACUACAGAACAAAGCACGCUGAUCUAAGUUUGCCGGAGGUCGACGCAGUUGAAGGUCAUGUGAUACGUGCUGUGUUGACCUUAGUCAUGAAGCUAUCGGAAGCAAGCUUCAGGCCCAUGUUAUUGAAGGUGGUUGAUUGGGCAACUCGCAGUACAUCUCCCAAAGACCGACUCCUGACACUUUACCGACUCUCCGACGCCAUCGCCGACAAACUCAAGAGUCUCUUCACUUUGUUUGCUGGUCACCUCGUUGCCAAGGCAGCCGAUCUCCUCGAUUCAAACAACACUCACAAAACAGACAAGCCCUUCUUUGAGGAAUCAUCCGACAGUGACGAGAAGUCGUCUCUCCUCUUAGUCCGCAUCUUAGACUGUCUCCAUAAAUGCUUCAUGUACGACAAGGGAACAUUCGUCUCAAAGGAGAGAUUCCAACGUCUUAUGCAGCCUCUAGUGGAUCAGAUUGAGAACAUGCAGGGAACUGACGACGCAUACCGGGAGCGUGUUUCACAGCAUUUGACGCCAUGCAUAGCUCAGCUCCUUGUUUCGUCUCGAGACUCGUCAACUUGGCAACCCCUCAACUACCAGGUCCUUCUCAAGACUAGACACAGCUCACCGAAGGUUCGGUUUGCAGCCUUGACUGUACUUCAAGAGCUCCAUAAGAAGCUAGCAGAGGACUAUCUAUCCCUGCUACCCGAGACCAUCCCAUUCCUUGCGGAACUCAUGGAAGACGAAUCCGAGGAAGUGGAGCAGCACUGUCAGCUGGUCGUCAAUGAUUUAGAGAAGACCCUUGGAGAACCCUUACAGAAAUACUUCUAAAUCUGAAGGAAAUACAGAGGUCGGCACUUGAUGAAACAUGUUAAUAUUUCCAUUGUCUUAACCAUGUCGUAAACACAGUCAGCUCACAUUGCAUUGAUGUCCUAAGAUGGACUAUGCCAUACGACCUAGAGGGGUGUCAAGCAACAGGUCAGUGAUUUGUUCAGGAGGGGCAGGAAUGUUGUAGACAGUUGUCCACAGUAGAUGUCUCCAUGGUUAUAAUCCAGUGGUGUCAAUUGAAACAACGAUCUUUUGACCACAAAAUGCUGUAAAGAAUACUGUAAAAUAAGCCAGUGUGUUUACAUUGAAUUACUUGGGUCAUUAAUGCAUAACCUAAUUAACUUUGGAAAAGGAAUCACAUUGAGAUAUCAGGUGUGAGUUGCCAGAGGAAAAGGAUGUGUUAUUCUGGCCUCUUUAUCUAAUGGAGCUUUCCCGUAGAGCAGGUGCCUCAUUUAAAGGACUUGUUGUUAUUAUUGGGGUCUUACAUAUCUGCUUAAGUUUACCAGCCAAAACACUGUGUAGUGUAUAUAAGUUGUUGCUUGUUCCCUAUUAUCAGAAUAACCAAAUAAUUUAUAUGCUGAGAACGUCAGAGAGUGCCUGCUUCGUAUGAUAGCAAAAGAUUGAUCUCUGAAUUUUGUUUAAAAUUAAGAAAAUCACCAGGGGUAAUGAAAGCAAGUCAUGCUUUUCUGUCAAACUUUGGUAAAAACUGUGGGAUAUUAUGGUUUUAAAUGACGCAGUAGGGUCUACUCAUGCCAUUUUAUUGUUUUGGUCAAUAAGCUAUAGUUAUUGGAAAUACUGAUCAUUUUUAUCACAUAAAUGUGUAGAAAUUUGUGAAUUCUGAAAAAUGGAACAAUAAAACAGCAAAUCUCAAAUAAGGUCCAGCUUUUUUGUUACAUUUUUGUAAACAGUUUAAGAAAAAAAAACGCAAGGGGUAUUAUUAGUCCAGCAGUUUUGUAUGAAAUUGAGGACGAAAAAUGGAAACAAAGGGUCCAGCAGUUAUAUCAGAUUUGGGACAAAAAAGGAAAAAAGUCGCAAGGGGCA